AUGUCCAGAGACAGGGACAGAUUGGAUGAGAUAGGAAAGAGGAUUAGGAGAUCAGAGAUUUGUGAUGCAGUGCCUUAUGAUCAUCAGAAUUAUUCCGAAUUAGUUAUGGGAAGAACACAAUCAUUUAAUAAUGGUCUUAGUAUUACUCCUCAUGGAACCUUGAACACCAUCAUUCCUUGUGCUGCAUGUAAGCUUUUGAGAAGAAGAUGCGCCGAAGAAUGCCCCUUUUCCCCUUACUUCUCCCCUCAAGAACCACAGAAAUUUGCCGCCGUCCACAAAGUUUUCGGUGCAAGCAACGUUUCCAAGAUGCUAAUGGAAUUGCCAGAAAGCCAAAGGGCUGAUGCGGCUAAUAGUUUGGUUUAUGAGGCGAAUUUGAGGAUUAGAGAUCCGGUGUACGGGUGCAUGGGAAUUGUAUCGGCCUUGCAGCAGCAGAUUCAAACCCUACAAGCGGAGUUCAGUGCAACAAGGACUCAGAUAUUGAGAUACAAAUAUAGAGAGGCAACUAGUCACAUGAUCGUUUCUUCUUCUUCUACUACUACUUCUAAUUUAGUUUCUCCUCAUCAUCAUGGCGUUGUGUCCAUCGCUUCAUUGCCUCAAGCUAUUAAUCCUCUCUCUACACCGCCCGCGCCUAUUACACCGGCUCCUCCUCCGCCUCCUCCUUCUAUCGUCGUCUCCUCGUCUUCUACAUCUUCGACUUCUUCUCUU